AUGGCGGACUACGCGGUCUGCCCGGAAGAGAUGGCCAGGCUGUCUCUCGCCCAGGAUCCGGAGCAGUACCCGCCGCCAGCUAUUCACAGCCCAGGAGUGAUUCCGGUGGACAUAACGAUCAAGUUUGCCGACGCUGUCAAGACUUUGGAACCGGGUGAGCUAGUAAAAGAUGGCUUCUUUACACUCUUUGAGUCAGUUUCGGCUCUCGAGAUUGGGGACCCUAAAAUGGACAGUGGCUGCGUUGCGCCGGGAGAAAAGUUUGAAGAGGAAUAUGAUGUAUCACGAAAGCUGCUCCCGGAAGAGGUCCUCGGCAUAAUAGACGAGCUCAUUUGUCAUGAAACGCUGUUCACCAGCGUCUAUGUCGAGGCACUAUCCAUGCCUGACCCUGCCAACGUCGGCGAGGCCUUUUUCGUGAGGUCUAGCAGCUCUGAGAGCAGCCUCGAGCCCAUGCUGCAGAUUCUGCGUGCAUACUGCCUUGGCAUGCUCAAGGGCUGCAGCCAUGUGAAUGAGCGCAUAAAGCUGGAACAUUAUUACGAGGAGGAAGAUUUUGUGACAAACACAUACAACCGCACACUCCUUCAACGCGUAUCAACACACGAUGUUCACUCCGUCCUGCGCGAAGCUGAAGAGCUACUUGGUCUCUUGAGGGACCAAGUAUCUCAUGACAUUCUCCAGGGGCUAUCGGCCCGCUUGAAGCUAAGACGCAUAUUCCUAGAAGCUGCAGAGUCGCCAGAGAACAAAGGAGAUUUUGCCAAGGCUCAAGCGCCCUGGAUCGAGGCUGCCGACAUACUCCCUGUCAUUGAAAAUACGCAUGCCCUGGCCAAGGAUGUCGAUGAAGCCUUUUCGGCAAAGCUGCAGCGAAAGCUGGCUAGUACUAUGCCUCCCCGACCCAUUGUGCAGAUCGACUUCAAGGAGGCUUUUGGGCAUCUCUCCCGGAUGUUUGAGGAUGGCGGCGAGGUCGUUAACGUGCUCAAGUAUACCGACUCGCAGUGUCUUUUGACCUUUGUGUCGACAUUUCAAGCAAAAAAGCCCCAGCCGCUUGUAUACGUGAGAACUCUCCUGCAAACAUUUCUCUUUGACGAAAUGCAGAUUCUCGGAUGCAUGAGUAUUCGACAGCUUUUGGACGACGACCUUUCCAUCCUCACACUCCCCGCCAGUCCGCUUCUUGCGCGCAGCAAUGAUGACAUCGAGGCUGUCGAAGAUGUGCGCUUCGUAAUGUCCCAGCAAACGGAACUCUUUCGCGAGCGCGCCGCGCAACCUUACCUCGACAUUCUGCGCACCUUUUGCCAGAACCGCUGCCGCAUCCGUCGCACGCUCUGCCACCUCAUUCGCGACUGGGAGAACCUGCAGAUGGAUGCCGAGGACAUUGACCACCUCAUUCAGCUCAAGACCAAGGAGCGGCCCCUCGUGCAUCGCGCCUCCAUGAUGAGCAGUUCUGCCCGGCCCGUCGAAUCCUACGCCCUCGCACUCUCUUCAUGGACCUAUCUCUACAAGCUGCGCCUCAUGGAGACGAUUGUGCAGCUGGGGUUCGAGCUUGAGGUCUAUCAGCCGGACGAGCACCUCGCCAUGUACUGGUACCUCAACUACCUCGCCAAAAGCCGCCUGCAACAUGCGGAGCGCAUCAAGUCCUUCAUCAUCCACCGCGCCGAGGAGGCUCGCACCUCGCCCACCACGGACCCCGACGCGACGAAGCAGCUUCAGCGCGCCCUCGCCUCCACGCGCCUCACCCUCCUCGACGCCGCCGUUACCUGGGAGCUAUCCGACGUUCUUGCAUGCCUGCACACCGUCCUCGCGCGACACAAGCUCGUGCGUGCUGCCGCCCGACCUUAUAGCAACGACGAGUUGCGCCACAACCUGCGUAUGAAACCCUUUGCGGCCAUCGGCCUGCCCUCCCUACCCUCCUUUGCCGAGUUCGCCGCGGGGUGCCGCCAGCCGCAGACGCCCUCGGACGAGCUCCUGGCGUACGGCGAGCGCGCGCUGGUCGGCGCCAAGAGGGGCUUCGAGGCCCUCAGCAGGCUCUCCGCCGAGGAGUCGUUUUCUGUGGGCUCGCAUGAGCGCUGGGUGGCGGGCGUCAAGAACGGCCUCAAGUCGUGCAUCGCCACGGGCAUUGCCAUUACGACGCUGCAGAAGGCGCUGGCAGGCUUGGGUGAGAAGGCGAGCGAGGGGCUGCAGGGAAAGGCGCCGCUGGGCUUGACGGUUGAAAUUCCCGCGCCGGACAAGGCAUACCACCCGUCAUGGAUUGUACCCAGAAUAACAGUUAUACCCAGUUGA